AUGUCGCUUGAGGAGCGUGUCAACAUUACCACUGGUACAGGCAACGAGCAAGGGCCAUGUGAAGGCAACACUGCAGCAGCAGGCAAUCUGUUCCCAGCAUUAUGCUUGAAUGAUGGACCUACUGGUUUACGUCGAGCCUACAACACAAGUCAAUUUGUUGCUGGUAUCAAUGCUGCUGCAUCCUGGGAUCGUGAACUUACUCGUCAACGAGGAGCCGAAAUGGGUCGUGAGUUUCGAGCCAAGGGUGUCAAUGUCAUUUUAGGCCCUGGCAUGAACAUGAUGCGUACUCCACGUGCUGGUCGAAAUUGGGAAUUUGCAGGCGAAGACCCCUAUCUCACUGGUGAGAUCGCUUAUGAAACUGUCGUUGGUUUACAAAGCUCUGGCAUGAUCACAACAUCCAAGCAUCUUAUUGGAAAUGAACAAGAUACCAAUCGCUACAACUCGAGCACCAACAUGGAUGACAAGACCUUGCAUGAACUUUAUCUUCAUCCAUUUGUACGUGCACUCGAUGCCGAAACCACGGGUAUCAUGUGCUCCUAUAAUAUGGUGAAUGGCACGUAUGCAUGUGAGGAUGACUACAUUCUCAAUUCAGUCCUCAAGGGCGAGCUUGGUUUCAAAGGAUUUGUCGUGAGUGAUUGGUGGGCGACGCAUUCUACUGCCUUUGCUGUCAACAGUGGUCUUGAUAUGACCAUGCCAGGUGAUGCCAAUUCACAAAGUAUCACUGGUGGUGGAUUGUGGUUUGGUAAAAACCUUACGGACGCCGUAAAGAAUGGUGAUGUCGAUGAAGAUCGCGUUACGGAUAUGGCAACACGUAUUGUGGCCGCCUGGUACAAAGUCGGUCAAGACAAGGGCUUCCCAGAGCUCAACUUUAACUACUUUGACAGCAACGUGGGCGCUGAUUUGGAUGUCCAGGGCGAUAGCAAGGAUAACAUUCGAAAGCAAGGUGCUGCAUCAGUCGUGUUGCUGCGCAACGACGACGACAUUCUUCCGCUUGGACAAGACGACAAGGUUAAAAAGAUUGCCGUCAUUGGCAGCGAUGCUGGUGCUGAUCCAGAGGGUCUCAAUCAAUGCCAGGAUGGUGCAUGUUCUCGUGGCACUUUGACACAAGGUUGGGGAUCUGGUAGUGCCUACUUGCCCUACCUUGUCACACCAUUGGAUGGUAUUAAGGAUCGUGCAGGUGACUCCGUUGAUGUUGUAUCCUACCUCGAUGACUGGAAUGUCGAUGAAGCAGCCAAAGUUGCAUCUGACGCUGAUAUUGCCAUGGUAUUUGCCAAGUCCGAUUCGGGUGAAAUGUACAUUGUAGUGGAUGAUAACCCUGGCGACCGUAACAACAUCUCUUUAUGGUACAAUGGCGACGAGCUUAUCAAAGCUGUGGCAGAUGCCAACAAGAACACUGUCGUUGUGAUUCAUUCGGUCGGCCCUAUUCUUAUGCCCUGGAUUGAUCAUCCCAAUAUCAAGGCUAUUGUGUGGCCCGGUUUGCCAGGUCAAGAAACAGGCAACUCGCUUGCUGAUGUGCUGUUUGGCGAAGUGAACCCAUCUGGAAAGUUGCCCUAUACCAUUGCCAAAAAGUUCGACGACUAUUUGGGUGACAUUGUGAUGGAGUUGGAUAUUGAGUAUACUGAAGGUGUCAAUGUCGGUUACCGCCAUUUUGAUAAAUACGACAUUGAACCACUCUACGAGUUCGGCUACGGCUUGUCAUACACCACGUUCGAUUACAGCGGUCUCAAGGUCAAGGUUUCUGGCAAGGGCAAAGAUGCAAAGGUCACAGCAUCGCUCAAGGUGGAGAACACGGGUGAUGUUGAUGGUGCUGAUGUUGUGCAAGCAUACCUCGGCUUCCCAGAGGACGCAGAGCAACCACCCAAGAUGUUGCGUGGAUUCGAAAAAGUCAACAUCAAGCACGGCAAGAAACAAGAUGUCAAAUUUGAAUUCAGUGAGCGUGAUCUAAGAGUAUGGGAUACAGCCAAGCAAGAAUGGGUUGUUCCUUCUGGCACAUUUACGCUCUACAUUGGUGCAAGCAGCCGCGAUAUCCGUUUGGAAGAUACUUUUACCCUUUAA